CAGGGUAUCCAUAUUCCUUCGAUCAACUUCUAGGCAUAUAUUGAGUUUCCAUGGUGCUCCAUAUUGGUCCAUCGUGUUCCAUCGUGUUCCACCAUGAGUUCUCACUGUCUGUGGCUAAUGUCCCCCACAGGCUAACUGCCAAUCAGGAUCUUCCGUCGAUCGUCACCAUUUUGCCAUACACCCAUGAACAACGUCCUGGGUCAUUUUGAAGACCAUGACGUUUCUAGGGCGAAUGUCCACACCAGGAACCCCGCUUCCCGGGAUGUCGUGGUCGAGGCUGUUGGUCGCUCCUAGGCCUUUGGUCGUCAUCUUCCUAGCUUUUGCUUCCUUCUUCCUGCUCUUGUUCUACUUCAGGUCUAUUCCCCCCAGUCCCACGCCAGAACCGGUGGUUUUGUCUGUAGCCGUCCCUGACCCCUCCACUCGAUAUGAGCCCAUUUUGAUCUAUAAUCGCAUCCCUAAAACCGCAUCCACCACUCUCAUGCAUUUGCCGUACGAGUUGUGCAAGACCUUGGGCUACAAUGUCUUGUUGCUAAACAUAACUCGCCCUCAACACUUACUGACUCUACAGGACAGGGUCUUCUUUGCCAACAAUAUUACCCAAUGGCAGAGCAAGCGCCCUGCUCUAUAUCACGGGCACUUUGGGUACAUUGACUUUGAUCAAAUGGGCUUGUCGGGUCCCUCUCCGAUCUACAUCAAUAUGAUCCGGCGUCCCCUGGAUCGCUUGGUCUCCUAUUAUUACUUCUUGCGCUACGGAGACGAUUUCCGCGUGAACAAGAUCAGGAGCCGCAUGGGCGACAAAAUGACUUUCGAUGAGUGUGUAGAGCGCAAAUUGGGCGAUUGCGAUCCCAAAAAGAUGUGGGUCCAGGUCCCCUGGUUUUGUGGUCAUUUCAAAAAGUGCUGGGAACCGGGCAAUCGCUGGGCGUUGGAACAAGCCAAAUUCAAUCUGGCUCACAAGUAUUUCUUGGUGGGAGUCACGGAGGAGCUGGAAACAUUUAUUCAACUCCUGGAAAUGACUCUGCCCAGGUUCUUCAAAGGUGCUACCCAGAUGUUCCAAAACUCGGAUGCUGCACAACACAUUCGCAAAACCAAACACAAAGAUAUUCCUUCAGAACAGACGGUGAAUCGGAUGAAAGAGACCAAAGUGUGGAAACUCGAGAAUGAAUUCUAUGAAUUCGCCUACUCUCAUUUCAUGGCCCUCAAAUCGGAAUUCAAACAGACCAAAGGGAUCGGGAUGUUCCAUUAUGAAAAGAUACGCCCUUGAGGCAUACUAGCCAAGCUAAUUGCGAUGAUUUCAAACUUGCUAGCAGAACUUAAAUGGUGAUCUCAGACCUGUCUGUACUUUUUAUUCCUGUGUUUUCAUCAUUAUUGAAAUUGGCAUCAAAGGGCAAUUGGUUUGUCAACAGUUGAUUUGGGAACAUUGAAUGCUCGCUGUAAUAAAGUUGAUUGCAUCUUGGAACGAA